GAUGAAAGAUAUGAAUGACUCAUUGCAUUGUUCAUGUCAUAUCAUGUUUUUGAGAAAUAAAGGAAACUGAAAAAAUAUCUUGUUAUCUCCCUCUACUCACCACAUUAAUAAAAAAAUGAAUGUAAAAGAGCCGCCACCCCCUUAUACUCCUAACGUAGUUCCAGGAAUCCAUCAACAAGGACAAUGGCAAGCUCCACCUGCGCCUCAAGGAUAUCCAUAUCCUCAACAACAAUGGCAGCCAGCCCCGAAUGCCCCAUACCCUUCCUAUGGAACCACUACUGUUCCUCCUCAACCAACUGCAACGACUGUGGUAAUCCCACAACCUGAAGUUAUUAUUGUAGGUGGAUGUCCCGCUUGUAGGAUAGGGGUUCUUGAAGAUAAUUAUGGAUUAUGUGCCUUAUGUUGUGCCAUUGCAUUUUUUCCUGCAGGCAUAUUAUGCUGUCUACUGAUGAAAGAGCGUAGAUGCUCUCACUGUGGCGCUAUAUUCGAUUGAAUAACAUUCGAUGGUGAGACUUUGUAAUCACUUCCAAGAAUUAUUUGUAUGAAUAAGUUCAGUUGAUUUAUCGUAUCUAUGUGGGUUUUAAUAAUUUGCACUAUUCACUAUUACUAGUCGAUUAUACAAAUUGUGAUAUCUUAUAUUCCAGUGUUGUAAAACUCAUUUUCCCCUGCAUAUAAGCUGGAUCUUGUAUAACGUUUUAAGAAUAUAAUCAAUUCCGCUCUCAAUGAAAGGUUAAUACAUUUCUAUAUGGUGAUAAUUAUUCUAAUCACAGUUUGUAAAAAUGCUAUCAAUUAUUUUGUUUAUUUCUCCUGAAGAUCUGCAGACUUCUAGUCUUAUUUCCAUUAUAUUAAUCCAUGAUGUGAUUAAUUAAUGAUAUUUGUUUGAACAUAUUGACUUUUUCCCUUGUACGAAUUAAAAUCUAAAGUUGUUGAGUUUUAAUUCUGAUGAGUAUCUCCAAAUUUUAUUCAUUCCUAUUAUGCCAUAAAUUUGUUGACUUUGUAAAUAUGGAAUUUUAUCUGUGAAUAAGUAGGUAUGUAUUAAUAAAUGGUUUAUGAUUC